UGGCAAGAAUCGUAGUUCACCUCAGGAGUUUCAAGUGAUACAACAAGCAAGAAAUUCUUUGCAUUGCAAAACGAAAAAUAAACCACCAGCAAACACUACAGAGUCAUUUUUAUUUUUCAAAAGUACAAAAAACACAAAAUAUAAUAAAUAUGUUCAAAUUAUUUGGUCUUUUAUUUGUUGGUGUAAGUGCUGUCCUUGCAAUUGAAUAUCCUUUGCUCCAUCAGCCAGCUCUACUUAAACCCUUGAUAAAGACUGUAGAGGUUGAAGCUCCUGCCCACUAUGAUUUCUCAUAUUCGGUACAUGACGAUCAUACCGGUGAUGUCAAAAGCCAAACUGAAUCUCGUAAAGGAGACGUCGUUCAUGGCCAAUAUACUUUAAUCGAUGCUGAUGGUUACUUGCGCACCGUGGACUAUACCUCCGAUGCCCACAAUGGUUUUAAUGCUGUUGUGCGUCGUGAUCCUUUGGGUCAUAAAGUGAAAGCUAUUGCUCCCGUUGCCAAGGUAUUAGUGGGACCACCAAAACUAUUGGCUGCCCCCAAAUUGGCCCUACCAUUGGGUUACCACUAAACUUCCUCAGCUGACUAUAUAUGACGACUUUUAGAACAUACUAGCAUAUCGUACAUUGAAUCAACCAACCAACCAUUGCAUGUCCACGUAAAUAUCACAUUUAUACAAUAAGAACUGCUUGCUUACCAUUAUAAUUUUUUGUUUCUUAAUUAAAUUAAUUUAAAUUUUAAAAACGAAAACAAACAAUUAACCAAUAUUCAAAUCUGAGAUUGUACUCUUAAGUUACUCUGCCCACUUUAGGUUUAUAUUCUCAUUUAGCCAUAUUACUACUACAGCGAAUGCCAAUUAUUGAGGACACCAGUCUCCAUUGCAAACUUAAUACACAUCCCACAGAAGAAGACAUUUUAUUUAUGUACCACUUAUCCUUUAUCCUAAUUCCUUACUGUUCAUACACACAUGAUGAUCUCUAUCUUACUAUUCUUUAAAGGGUAUUUCCUAUUUCCUACAACAACACUUCCGCUUAAUGUCUUACCAAAAAACCAAGCAACUGGAAAUAGCAGGGUCUCGAAAAAAGGUGUGUCUACUUACAUUGGCAUUCAAAUUGAUGUGUUUUACUUUUAUUAUAUUUCAAUCAUACUGUAAAUAUUUCAUUUUGUGUUAAAUAUUAAUCUAAUUUACUACAUACUUUAUUAUACAUACAUUUAUUUGUACAUAUGUAAAUUCAUACACAAACACUCAAACAUACAGAUCCGUGGUGUGUAUGUGUGCAAUGUACAAAUUCACACACAUGCCAUAUAAAUUGCAAAAAAGCAUUUUACAAAUGAAUAAACAAAAUUUAAAAUGCAACUUAAAAA